AUGGGGAAGGGGCUGGAGGGGACAGCAGCCCGCUGCGGGCUGGGACUGGGAUACCUGCUGCAGACGGUGGUGCUCCCCGCCCUGGCCGUCCUGGGGGCCAGCCGCCCCGGCUCCGCGGCGCAAGAUGAUGACUUUUUUCAUGAGCUUCCAGAAACUUUUCCAUCUGAUCCUCCAGAGCCAUUGCCCCACUUCCUCAUUGAACCCGAAGAAGCUUACAUUGUGAAGAACAAGCCCGUGAAUCUGUACUGCAAAGCAAGCCCAGCCACACAAAUCUAUUUUAAGUGCAACAGCGAGUGGGUUCACCAGAAGGACCAUGUGGUGGACGAGAGAGUAGAUGAAACCUCUGGUCUGAUUGUCCGGGAGGUCAGCAUCGAGAUUUCCCGGCAGCAAGUGGAGGAGCUCUUUGGGCCAGAGGAUUACUGGUGCCAGUGCGUUGCCUGGAGCUCCGCAGGCACCACCAAGAGCCGGAAAGCCUACGUCCGCAUUGCAUAUCUCCGGAAAACUUUUGAGCAGGAGCCCUUAGGGAAAGAAGUGUCCCUGGAGCAAGAGGUCCUGCUCCAGUGCCGUCCCCCUGAAGGCAUCCCAGUAGCUGAGGUGGAGUGGCUGAAGAAUGAAGAGGUGAUUGACCCCGUGGAAGACCGAAACUUUUACAUCACCAUUGAUCACAACCUGAUCAUCAAGCAAGCCCGGCUUUCUGACACCGCCAAUUACACCUGUGUUGCAAAAAACAUUGUGGCCAAAAGGAAAAGCACCACAGCAACUGUGAUAGUCUAUGUGAAUGGAGGCUGGUCCACCUGGACAGAGUGGUCUGUGUGUAACAGCCGCUGUGGGAGAGGCUUCCAGAAGCGCACGAGGACCUGCACCAACCCUGCCCCGCUCAACGGUGGCGCCUUCUGCGAGGGCCAGAGCGUCCAGAAAAUAGCUUGCACCACUCUGUGUCCAGUGGAUGGCAAGUGGACAUCCUGGAGCAAGUGGUCCACCUGUGGCACUGAGUGCACCCACUGGCGCCGCAGAGAGUGCACAGCCCCAGCUCCCAAGAAUGGGGGGAAGGACUGCGAGGGGCUGGUGCUGCAGUCCAAGAACUGCACGGAUGGGCUCUGCAUGCAGGGUUUCAUUUAUCCUAUUUCAACUGAACAGAGAACCCAGAAUGAAUAUGGAUUUUCUUCUGCUCCUGACUCAGAUGAUGUUGCUCUCUACGUGGGGAUCGUCAUCGCCGUGAUCGUGUGCCUGGCCAUUUCCGUGGUCGUGGCCCUGUUUGUCUACCGCAAGAACCACCGGGACUUUGAGUCAGAUAUUAUUGACUCCUCGGCACUAAACGGGGGAUUUCAGCCUGUCAACAUCAAGGCUGCAAGGCAAGACCUCCUGGCAGUGCCACCAGACCUCACUUCUGCUGCAGCCAUGUACAGAGGUCCUGUGUACGCCUUGCAUGAUGUCUCUGAUAAAAUCCCAAUGACCAACUCUCCAAUCCUGGACCCCCUCCCAAACCUGAAGAUCAAGGUUUAUAACACUUCCGGUGCAGUCACUCCCCAGGAUGACCUUUCUGACUUCUCCUCCAAGCUGUCCCCACAGAUUACGCAGUCUCUGCUGGAGAAUGAGACCCUGAACAUGAAGAACCAGAGCCUUGCCCGGCAAACUGACCCAUCAUGCACUGCCUUUGGGACCUUCAACUCCUUAGGAGGCCACCUAGUAAUUCCCAAUUCAGGAGUAAGUUUGCUGAUCCCAGCGGGAGCCGUUCCACAAGGGAGAGUCUAUGAAAUGUAUCUGACAGUUCACAGGAAGGAGAACAUGAGGCCACCUGUAGAAGACAGCCAAACCCUGCUGACACCUGUGGUGAGCUGUGGCCCACCAGGAGCCCUGCUAACCCGGCCCGUCAUUUUAACCAUGCACCACUGCGCAGAGCCAAACACAGAGGACUGGCAGAUCCAGCUGAAGCACCAGGCUGCCCAGGGACCAUGGGAGGAUGUGGUGGUGGUUGGAGAGGAAAACUUCACCACCCCGUGCUAUAUCCAGCUGGACCCAGAGGCCUGCCAUAUCCUGACAGAAACCCUCAGCACCUAUGCCUUGGUGGGACAGUCAAUCACCAAGGCAGCAGCCAAACGUCUCAAACUGGCCAUCUUUGGACCUCUAUCCUGCUCUUCCUUGGAGUACAGCAUCCGGGUCUACUGCCUCGAUGACACGCAGGAUGCUCUUAAGGAGGUCCUCCAGCUUGAGCAGCAGAUGGGCGGGCAGCUUUUGGAAGAGCCUAAAGCUUUGCAUUUCAAGGGAAGCACCCACAACCUCCGUCUGUCCAUUCAUGACAUUGCCCAUUCUCUCUGGAAGAGCAAGCUGCUGGCCAAAUACCAGGAGAUUCCCUUUUACCACAUCUGGAGUGGAUGUCAGAGGAACCUGCACUGCACCUUCACACUGGAAAGGUUCAGUCUGAAUACCCAGGAGCUGGUGUGCAAACUGUGUGUGCGGCAGGUUGAAGGAGAAGGACAGAUCUUCCAGCUUAACUGCUCUAUCUCAGAGGAACCUACUGGCGUUGAUUAUCCUCCCAUGGACUCAGCAGGCACCAUCACCACCAUCGUGGGGCCCAGCGCUUUCAGCAUCCCCCACCCGAUAAGGCAGAAGCUGUGCAGCAGCCUGGAUGCUCCCCAGACCAGAGGCCACGACUGGCGCAUGCUGGCCCACAAGCUGAAACUGGACAGGUACUUAAAUUAUUUUGCUACGAAAUCAAGUCCCACCGGGGUGAUCCUGGAUCUCUGGGAAGCCCAGAAUUUCCCUGAUGGCAACCUGAGCAUGCUGGCAGCAGUUCUUGAAGAAAUGGGAAGACACGAAACAGUUGUUUCUUUGGCAGCAGAAGGAAAUUACUAAUGCAGCUUUGGCUUGACCAGGAAGGACAGACACAGGGAGCGGUAAUGCCCUGUUAUUGCAAACAAGAAUUGAAAUGAAAACCCAGACCAAUGAAUUACACAAGAGACGUUUCAGAGAAGAAAGUAAGCAAACAAACAAAAAAACCAGCCCUGACCUUCACACGUGCUCUCCUUGUACAUUAUCACAGGAUCAGAAAGAGAUCAUGCAAAGUUGUACCUUGAAAAUAUAAAUCAACCUAAUGUUCCUCUCGGCUUGGCUGUACACUG